AUGAAUUCCACUAUAUUUCCAAGUCUACCCUCCUAUUUAAACCUACCAAGCAUCCAAGCUCUCGUUAUCAUCUAUACGCCCCUCAUCUACCUAACCAUCAUCCUCCUCCCCACUCUCCCCAUCCUUCUCAACAUUCAAAAUUCAAAUCUUCCCCCAGGCCCAUGGUACACACACUUCACAAACUUAGUCCUAAAAUACCAUGAAUGGAAUGGCAAUCGACGAAUAUAUAUCCAUAAUCUCCACAAGAAACACGGAGAUAGCGUUCGAAUAGGUGUGAAUGAGUUUGCUUUUUGCGGUAGCGAAGGGGUGAAAGGCGUUUAUGGAAAUGAGGGAGGAGAGUUGGAUAAAACGAGAUUUUAUGGACUUUUUAGACAAUUGGGCGUUAGAACUACCUUUUCCACAGAAACGAGGUUGGAGCAUAAAGAAAAGAAGAAGCAUAUCGCAAAGCCAUACCGAAAUUCCGAGAUCAUCAAACCUGCUAUCAUAGAUGGAAUUGAAGAAAGAAGUCAAGCAUUCCUUCGAAAGAUUGAGGAUUCAGAAAAUGGAUUCAUUGAUGUUUAUAGAUAUGCUCAUUGUUUUGCACUAGAUUGUGCCAGUCACUUUCUACUCGGAAAGAUGGGGAUCAAAUCUAUCGAAGAGAAAACUGGCAUGGAGAUAAUGGAAGAGAUGACUUAUCACUCAAGUCUCAAGAAAACCCAAAUCGCAGCCGAGAUACUAGACCAUCUAGCUGCCGGUAUCGACACCACCGGCGCCUCGCUCACCUACCUCCUACACACCCUCUCCCUCCCCUCCAACCUCCCCAUCCAAGAAAAACUCCACCUCUCCCUUAACUCCCAACCCCACACCCCCAAAUCCGAGAACCCAUCAGCCCCCUACCUCAACGCCAUCAUCAACGAAACUCUCCGUCUCUACCCCCCGAUCCCCAUGUCCCAGCCCCGUCUCACAUCACCAUCCACGCCCAGAAUAAUCAACCAAUAUCUCAUCCCCCCAAACUCAACCAUAAGUAUCCAAGCAUGGAGUCUCCAUCGCAAUCCCGCGAUCUUCGGCGAUGAAGCCGAGACAUUCUGUCCAGAACGAUGGCUUGUGGAUGAAGACAGAGUGAGAGAGAUGGAGAGGGGAUUUUUGGCUUUUGGGAGGGGUGGAAGAGCGUGUACGGGGAAGGAUUUAGCACUAGCAGAAAUGCGUCAUCUCAUACGGAGAAUCUAUACGCAAUAUAGAACGAAGAUAGUAGAAGGAUACGAAGCAGAUAUGGAGAUGGAAGAUCAGAUUAUAUCUAGUAGACCGAGAGGUCAGGAGUGUAUGUUGAUUUUUGAGAAGAGAUAG